AUGUGUGUUGACGCUGCACUGAGGUGAACUUUGCUAGCCAGACGCUAACAGUCGCAGCAGCACAGCAAGUAACGCUAACGUCAGUCACUACUAUAUGACAUUUAUAACUGCAGUUAAAUUUUUCUUUUUUACGCUUUUGGGAUACGACCCCCGUCAGGACAUUAACGGCGUCGCAUAUUAAUGUAGAAGAGCGCCAGGCUAAAGUUAAAUAACUUACUCCAGCGAGCUAACACUGACGUUAGCUAAUGUUAGCCGACGAGCAUUGCUAGAAAGUUCUGUAUUCAGCCUGGCAAUAUUUUGUUUACGAACAUUGGACUCCUAGGAAACAUUGGCAGACUGUCACUGCAAAUACUAAACAUGGCGUGCCUGAAGCUGGCGGGUUUGACCAUCUCCUCCAUCACUCCUUAACACACUUCAAAGUCAGAAACGUUGGCUGAAAUUAACCAGCUUCAAAACGGCAGCACCAGGGGAGAAACUGGACUCAGCAUCCAGGUCAAAGAUGGAGUUAGCAGCGGCUCACCCAGCUCUCAAAGCCUUUAUGUGCGGCUCUCUCAGCGGCACCUGCUCUACGCUGCUCUUCCAGCCUUUGGAUCUGGUCAAGACGCGGCUGCAGACCCUGCAGAACAAUGCCAAGCCUGGUGCACCAAAGGUGGGGAUGUUCACUGUUUUCAUCAACGUUAUUAGGACAGAGAAAUUCUUCAGUCUGUGGAAGGGAGUUUCACCAUCAUUUAUGCGCUGCAUCCCUGGGGUGGGCAUCUACUUCAGCACCUUCUACUCCCUGAAGCAACACUACUUCCAGGAGCGGGCACCCAGCGCUGGCGAGGCUGUUCUGCUCGGAGCGGGUGCCAGAACUGUGGCUGGUGUCUGCAUGCUGCCUUUCACGGUCAUCAAGACACGCUUUGAGAGUGGCUGUUACAACUAUGUGAAUGUGGCAGGAGCUCUGAGGAGUGUGUAUGAGACGGAGGGAGUCAGGGCUCUGUUCUCAGGGCUGACUGCCACGCUGCUCCGAGACGCUCCAUUCUCUGGCAUCUACGUCAUGUUCUACAGCCAGGCCAAGAAGGCGCUGCCUCAAGAGGUGACUUCUGCGGCCUAUGCUCCGCUGGUGAAUUUCAGCUGUGGGGUGGUGGCAGGCGUAAUGGCGUCGCUCGUCACGCAGCCAGCAGACGUGGUGAAGACCCACAUUCAAGUCAGCCCAUCCCACUGGAGCAUGACGGAUGCAAUCCACUACAUCUACAUGGAACACGGCAUGCGUGGGUUUUUUCGUGGAGCUGUCCCCAGGUCUCUGCGACGCACUUUGAUGGCUGCUAUGGCUUGGACUGUUUAUGAACAGCUGAUGGCUCGGAUGGGCCUCAAAUCCUGAAGAGCAUGGGUGUUGAGCAACAAUAAACAGGAUGAAAUAUGAGGGAAUAAUGAUAGACAUUAUUUCACACUGAAAGACGAAAACGCAGCUGAGGAGCCUGUAGAGACAGUGAACCAGCAAGAUUUGGAGAAGAUGAACCAGGUGGAUAGAUGUGAGCGAGUAAGAAUGCUGUGAGUGCGUGUGUGUUAUUUAAAUGUUUGUGAAAAUGUGCCUGUUUGUGUCUGUAAGUUUGAGAUUGUGAUGUUACACCUGACACACUCUAAAUGUCAAUCUUGGACUGAAGUGACACUCCCUGCUGUGAAGUGAUCUUAUUCCUCCUCUCAUUAUUUAUGUUUGGACUGCCUGAGGUGUGGCUGCCAGUAAAAAAAAAAAAAAAAAAACACCACUGAGAAAGGGCCUGUGACUGUGCGGCAGCA